UAAAGUUAUUUCUGCCGUAUCGGACACAAACACGUCCACUCACCGCGUCAAUGAAUCCUCGAACGUAAUAUAAGUUUCUCCUUUUACCUCAUUAUUGAAUUAUAUUUUAGUUGUGGACAGUUGUUCAUACUGUGCAGACGUGCUCCGUUCCUGUGUUCGAAGUCAUUGUAUUAACUGAAGCAAAGCACCAUGUCUCUACAAGAGCAAUUUGACAAAGCUGCUGAAGACAUCAAGAAGCUGAAGGGGCGUCCCAGUGAUGCCGACCUUCUGGAGAUCUAUGGGUACUUCAAGCAAGCCACAGUUGGAGACGCCAACCCUGCAGAUAAACCCGGUCUAUUCGACUUGAAGGGCAAAGCAAAGUUCGAGUCAUGGAGUUCCAAGAGCGGAAUGUCAAAAGAGGACGCUCAAAAGGCAUACGUCGCGAAAGCACAGAGCAUCAUUGCCGCUAUUGGCCUGCAAUAAUCCAGUUUUUCUUUCUUGCUGCUUGCAAUCGUUUACAGAUAGGAUAACUGUCAGAAUAUGCCAUGUCAUCUGACAUAUGUCAGAUGUUGUUGAAUCCAGAAGAUUGCAUGUAUCAGUGAUAUGUUUAAGAAUAUUUAUAUUAGGUUAUUGAAAGGUUUUUAAGUCGAAGACGUUUUAUACUUUUGCAACGCACAUUAUGUUUGACAUAAUCUUCCAAUGUACGCUUUUUUUUUCAGUUUUUUUAGUUGAGUAAAGAUACUUUGCUCUAGUUUGUUAUAUUGUUUACUUCCGGUAAAUAUAAACUGGUGAUAA